AUGACCGAGACCGCGGCGGAGCGCAAGGCGCGCCUGCGGGCGCUGCGGGAGGAAGCCGCCGCCGCGGACCCGCGGAUCGCGCCGCCCGAGCCCGCGCCCGCGCCCGCGGCCGGCGAGCCGAAGGAACCGAACGAGCCGAAGGAGCCGGUGCUUAAGUUCCGGAACUACAUGCCGCGCGACGAGGAGCUCCAGGAGGGCGUCAUGGCCGCGGUCCAGGUGGAGGAGUUCGCGCCGGUCGAGGUGGCGCCGCAUCCGCUCAUCGCGUCGGAGGAGGUCGACGACGAGGUGGGCGUCGACGCGCUGCUCCCGCAGAAACUCAACGCGGAUCUGCGCAGGGACGUCGCGCAGAAGAUGGAGAAGCUCGAGCGGCGGACGCAGAGGGCGAUGCUGGUGCUCAUGCAGGAGGAGGAGGAGCGUAGGAAUAAGGAAGCGGAGGCGGAGGUGUGA